ACUCCUGUACAUACUACCUACCUACCUACAUCCAUACUUACAUACAUACAUACAUACCUCGACUCCUGCCUGUGCAAAGUAGGUACAGCUAUCGGGCCAAUCCUAGGUGGACGCCUCACUUUUGGCAACCUCACUUCCCCUUCGUCGCCUUCGUCGUUCGCAUUGCUCUUUCAAAUUCCACGCCAAGUGUUCACCGUCUCUUAUUUAAGCUCUUCGGCGCGCUCUUUCUAUCAUACAAUUCGCCUUCUCUUCUACCGAGCUCCUAUAUACGCUUUUGGUCAGUGUCUGCCGGAGCAGGCUCAACCUACAGCUCGUCGAGCGGGCGGAUGACACUGAGCUUGGACUAACACAACGCAGUCAUGUACUAGGUUAGAGAUCUCCAGAUCGCGACCUAGCGGUGUAUUGGCACGGUCGCCCGCGCAGGGUUCCGACAUCCUCACGGCCACCACACAGCGCUGCGCCUGGCGCGACCAUAAAUACCACGCUCUCCCCAUCGUUCUCGUUCCGCUCCGUUAUCCCUCAGCUAUCCAUAGACCUCCAAUGCCAGCGACUGUCGCUCGAAUAGCCCAAUGGCAGGACCCGCCUCUGAAUUUCAGCUACCAAGCGAUUCCUUCUUCAAUAUAUAUGCCGAUGCGCCCCUGACUACCAAUUCACCUAGCCUUCCGGGCGGCCCAUGCAAUUACAUUGACUUGACACCCGGCGCCGGUGGACACAAAUGUGGAUGUCGUCGUUUCUGGAGUCGCGCCUCUUUGGGCGGACUGGAUAGAGGCAGCCCUGCAGGUUUCCCCCCAGGAUUUGCCAAUGGAUAUGAGGACCAGACAGUUUGGUGCAUGUGUUCGCAUCAUGCCUGUUUCCACGAUGAUGCUCGUGAUAAUAAUUCUUCGGUCACAUUGCCCAUUGUCGCUCCCCUUUACACGAAUGGCCAGGAGAAUGAACGACCCAGAACCAAUCGUGAGCCUCUCACGCCUGUAGUUGCGGACCUGUCUUUUAACCCACCUGGACCUGUAGUACAGCAUAUGGACUUGAAUGCGAUCAACAGCCCUAGCCCUACCUCCCAUGGAGAUCAAAAUGCGCCGCCACCGGAAGUCACACAGCCUUCAUUGCCCGAUACUUUGGCCUGGACUAAUUUUAUACAAUCGGGACCUGAUCCAGCUGUCUCGCUACCCCCAAUACCUAGCCAGUGUCUCAUGGCAUCACAGCCAAGUUCAACUACCUCUUCCACGCGGAUAGCGUAUUUGAAGCCCUUUGCUGGGAAAGGAUUACAGACGCUUAGUGGUGUCAGAUCUACCGUACUGGAGCCACUAAGGGAGAAGGAAAAGGGCCAAUCUACGGAGCCAGAGGAUGAAAAUGCCACUGACCAUGACACCGACCAAUCCGUGAACGAUGGUCAAACCGUUAUUAACACACCCAGAUCAACAAGAUAUAGAGACACGAGUAAUGGAGCAGAUCAAUCACCUACCUCAAGGAUGAACAAUGAAGCUUAUCAUCUGCUAUCUAACACGGUCCAGGGUUAUGGACAACGCAUUGAGAAUCUCGAAAACAUCUCAUUCUCUGCCGCUGCGCAUGACGCAUGUCAUGAGAAGCAUGACCAAUCCGACCUGAGAAUCACAGAAUUAGAAACACGUGUUGAAGAGUGCGAAAAGAUACUCAAUGAUAGUGCAAGUCAUACGUCUGGCUGGUCUCGCCGUGAUAGACUCGAUGACACCGCAGCCAGCGUUGUAUCCAUCUCAACGAGCACCGGCAGCUACAUAAUGGACCGUGCAGAGCUGCAAAGCGAACUCGAAAGCUUGAAAGCCCAACUCAGCCAACUACAAGGCAUUUCUUCAUUUCCUUCUCUUGCACAACCAUGGGAGUUAGAAGUUGUCUUUCUUCCUUUUCCACUCAAAAAUGUAUGGUUGGAGUCUCGUGACUUUAAUAGCCAGCGUCUCUCCAGCGGCAGUUUUACCGAAGCAGAUUCAUGGGUUCGGUUGUCUGGCAACUCCGAACCUCAGUCCCCAGCCCUCGGUGAAUGGGCCGGGCCAGAGAUUGAGUCGGAAUGGCUGCUCGGACGCGCAUGCUCAUCUGACAAUAUGAUUGGACAGCGACUGAAGAGUCGAGGCUUGAUAAAGAAUGUAAUAGUUCGUGGCCCUGACGCUCGUAGUGCACACCAAGCUAUGUCAGAAGCCUUUGGUACACUAUUUCGGACCUUCUCCCGCAUGCAGGGCAAUGUGCAUCACGGCUCCACAUUCAACCACCGUGUUGCCAAAUUCCUGGGCCUCCAUUCGCCAUGGGUGCCUCUACGAAAGAUCCAUAAAGACUCCCGACUACGGUUUCUGACGCCCGCCGAAAUGGUUACACCUACUACGUGGGACGUCCAAUUCCUCACCUCAAGCGUCGUAAUGAAGUCGCAUGGCACGCAUCGUCUGUUCAUCACUCACCCCGAGGCAUAUCUACAAAAUCAAGAUGCCUAUGAAAAUGGGUGGACAUGGCAACGUCUACGCGAAUUAAGCCGCGUAUAUGCAGACUCGCAAAGUAGCCAGGAGAUCCUUGAAGGAGACGCGAAAGAGGAGUGUUGGGUCUGGAAUAAGAUUCUAGAUGAACAAACUGGACCUGCUCUGGAUAUCUGUACUAUCCAGCAAGGACCAGCGUCUGCGCAACAGCACUGGCGAGCCAUGUCUACUCUCACCUCUUCUCGAGACGUCUUCGUUGAUGCUAGGGCCACAGUGGCAUCGUUUGCAACUAGGCGCUCUAGCUCGCGAACACAGUCGCCAGCCGUGCUCCGGGAAAGGAGAGUGUCUAAACCUCCCCGAAUACGGACUACCUCAAUGCCACCGGCCCUCCAAAAUCUAGUUUCCCCUGCGAUUGCAAAGAGGCUGAGUCUGACGCAUAGCCAAAUAAACGAGCGACAUGGCUCACCCCAGCCGUCUCGGGCAGCUCAAUUAGUGGCGGCAGCCAAACGGCGCAGUACCCGCUCACCACAUCAGAACCGGUACACGCCUCGCUAUACCACAGCGUCACCCAGCCCCAUACCUGAAAUUUUUAGAGAGCCACGUGCCCCAACUCCUGCGUACGCAACACCACAUAGCAAUGCGCCCUUUGUAGACAGGAGACCGGGUCGUGGUGAUGUCAAUGUUUUUGAAGAUGAUGAUAUCGACUUCGAUAUUAAUGCUGCCGAUAGCGGCAGUGAUGCAGACAUUUAUGAUGAUGAUAAUGAUGAUGAGGAGUCGGAAAGCGAGAUGGACGGUGAUGAUAAUUCUAUGGCUGAUCUUGGACACGAUUCAUAUCAAAGUCAAUCCCAAGAAUCUUGGCAAGAUGGCCAGGCACCAGAGGAUGAGGUUUGGCGGGGUUGCGAAGACGUUGAGAACUGCGACCCAGACGUGAAUAUCCACGUUGACGAUGAUGUAAUGACGGAUGCUGAUGCUGAUGGCGACUUAACCACGGCCCAUGCUGAUCCACAUGAGACGCAGAGUCAAGGGUCUAGUGCCCCGAGCGAGUAUCCGAGUACUCAACCGCCAUGGGUCACGAGUGGGAGGGAGCAAGAGUUUAGAGUCUUCGAGGACAAAUGAACAGGUUGCUUCUCGAAUUCCGUGUUAGGCUUGGCGUGACUUAGAGGACUGGGAUGAUUCGAUGGCGCCGACUCUCGUUAACAAAACGGGUCAGGCAAUGGGGGGGUUUUUUUGGCGUUCAAGGAUGAUUACAUUAUUCUUUUUGAGCAUUCUUCACUUUUGGACAUGAGCGUUCUUGUCCUAUUUUCGGCCAUUCCAUGUGGAUAUAGGAGCGGAUGUCAUGAUUGCAAGAUUAGACGAGGCGUUGGGGGAAUUCGAUGGUAUCUUGUAUUAGCCAUAAUUCUGUCUUCUUUUCUCAUCUCUGGGCUUAUACAUUUAUACGUUAUCAUGGUCGGGUGUCUUCGUAUGCGGAAGUCGAAGACCUCACUUUGCGCAGCAUCUGAACGUUAUGAUAUUGCGCACACUCUCUGUACUGAUACCAAAACCCCCGUUGCUGAGGAUGUCGAAUCUUGUCUUACAUAUUUAUUGGGAAUGAUCAAAUUGGCUAUGGUGGUUUAGGUGGAUAGUGGACUGGGAGAGGAUUGGAUAUAUUUAGCUUUGCCCGGACUUGAGCGGGAGAAGAGAUCAUGCGAGACACAUAGUUACUCUCAACUUAUUGUAGACCUAACAUCUAUCAUUAUAUAUGACUUGAU